AUGUCGAGGCGGCCACUUGAAAAAGUUGAUUUUUCGUCGGCAAACGGUCGUCUGGGUCUUUGGACCUCUGAAAAAAGCGUUGGAAAUUGCCAACUGGCAGAGCAGUUGACGCAAAAAUUGCUCGAACAAUCGGCUGGCCUCAAGCCCUUCUGGAAAGCUGAGACCGUCUUUGCACUGUCUGUUAGACGACUGAAAAGGCAGACGGAUCACCGGUUCGAGGCAUUCGUCAAGGUCGACGGGAUGAAACGACUUUGGUCUGUGCUGGGCUCAAGUCUGAUAGAUUUCAGUGCGUCACACUUUCACGACCUGCUUGACAGGACUUUCGAGAGGGCGCAGACGUGGCAGAUUGGUCUGAAAAGCGCACCAUCCUCUCAGACGCCUACUCGAUGCUCCCAGAAAAGUCUGGGAUGGAGUCUAUCCGGUAGGCUUAUUCUUUCGAGUUCAGGUUCAUUGAAUCGUGACUAUCCGAUCAAGGUCAUAAUAUUGCAAAAGUUGAUAACUCGCCAUUCGCAUGAGUUUGCGGAUGGGGAGGAUUGA